AGGCUAUUAGAUCAGACAAUUUUGGAGAUGCUCUGACCCAGUUGUUUAAAAAUAACAAUUAAAUAUCAAACAAUUUGCAAUGAUAACGAAAUAAUCAGCGUUAUUCAAGUGGUAAUGUUUUAUUUUAUACAUGUUUCCGGGUGUUUACUUCCGAGUACAAUCUGUGACGUGUUUCACAAUUUCCAUGCUUGGGUUUCAGAAGAGUGGCUAACAACCACAGAUGAUUGUUACAUUAACAAGCCAUUACAAAUAAACACACAAGAUGGGAGGCAAAAAUAAACAGCGAACUAAGGGAAAUGUUCGGCCUUCUAGUAGUGGUCGAGCUGCCGAGCUACUUGCCCGAGAGAGUGGUGUCCUGCCAGGGUUUGUGGGCUUUGGCAGCUCGGCUACUACUGAACUGGGUUAUGUACCGGCGGUUCACGGAGCUGAAGAUAUAGACAACCUAGUAGACGGGGAUUUCCGCCUUGUCUUACGAAAACUGUCAAAGAGGGAUACUGUCACCAAACUAAAGGCGGUCCAGGAGUUUGGCGCCAUGUGUCAGGAGCGGGAGGCAGAUGUGGUCAAGGGAGUCCUCCCCUACUGGCCCAGGAUUUACUGCAAGAUAUCUGUGGACCAUGACCGUCGGGUGCGGGAAGCCACACAGCAGGCGUUUGAGCAGCUAGUCCUGAAGGUGCGCCGCAGCCUGGCCCCCUUCCUGAAAAGCCUGAUGGGCCACUGGCUGCUGGCCCAGUGUGACACGUACCCUCCCGCUGCCUCUGCUGCCUGCCAGGCCUUCCACGCCGCAUUCCCCCCCAGCAAGCAGCCUGAGGCCCUCAGCUUCUGCAGGGACGAGGUCCUCAACGUACUUCAGGACAACUUGCUGAAGGAAACCGCAGACACUCUGAGUGACCCACAGUAUGUCCCUGAGGAGGAGAGAGAGGCUAAGUUCCUGCGCAUGGUGACCAGCUCCCUGCUGGGGGUGAAGAGGCUGCUGUCCAGCCUGCCCCUGGCUGACAGACAGGCCCUGGAAGACAGACUGGCACACCUCAUCGCACAGGCAAAGUUCUGGAAGUACAGCAAGCACAAGAACUCACAGGUGCGCGGGGCCUUCUUCGAGGUGGUGUCAGCCCUGUGUGAACUCACCCCCGGGCUGGUCCAGACUGAGGCGCCGCGGGCCUGUCCUGCAGUUCUGCUCAGCAUAGACGACACUGACCCUGUGGUACUGCCCCCCCUCUGGGAGGCAGUGCUGCAUGUCCUCUCCAGCAUCCCUGACUGCUGGACGCAGGUUAACGCCAGGAAGGGGGUCUUGCCCAAGCUGUGGGGGCUACUGAGGGAGGGGGGCAGGGGUAUGGCCACAGCCCUCCACCCCAACCUGCUGCCCCUCAUCAGCAAGCUGCCCUCCGAGGUCACGGAGCCCCCCCUGGACUUCUACACCACCUUCUUCACCUCGCUCGUACAGGGUCUCUCUAGUGAGCGUGCGGUGUCCAGUCCGUCGGAGAACGCGGCGGUGGUGUGCGCCGUUGUGGAGUGUCUCAGAUACAGCCUGCUGCAGAACACUGGGGAAGAGGAGCAACAGAGACGCAUUCAGACCAUGCUCAUCUCAGAGCAGCUCUUGCCACUAUUGGACAGCGCCUUAGAAAGCCCAUCCCUCCAGAGCGGUCCGCUGUUCUCAUUGGUCACAGACAUGCUCGUCUCAUGGGAGAAAAGGGCAGGGAUUGCUGGUGGGGGCUGGUCUAAUGGGGAUGAGGCCACCUUCCAUAGGCUGCUGGCUGACUUCUGGGAGGGGCUGGGGACUCUGUGCGCGCGCUAUGUGGACUGUGAGGAAGCAGAUCUGAAAGCCCUAGAAGGCGUGGCUUCAUUACUGCAGGUGAUGCAGCACCCCGAGAGAGGAGCCAGGAAGCACAGCAAGAAGAAGAAAGCGGUGAAGAUCUGCCUCUCUGAGCCUGAGGAGAAAGAGGACGUGGAGGAGGAGGAGGGAUGCCAAGGGGAGGUAGCCGACAAGCGUGCCCAGCCGGAGGUGACCGAGCUGGGGGGCCAGGAGACGGCAGCUCCCCCCCUGAGGAGUGGCCACCUGGAGGACCUGGUGUGUCAGCUGGCAGAGCUGGACAUGGUGUACGUGAACGAAAAGGACUCGGAGAGGCACCUCCUCUUCCUCUCGCUCCUCCUGCGCUCCUUCUCCACCCCCAGGGUCUUUGGUGUGCUCCUGAGACCGGAGGAGGUAGGGGUGGAGGAGGGGAGAGGGGGGGGGGAGGAGAGCGGGGGUGCCAACCCGGCCGUGCGCUUCCUCCUGGAGCGGGUGGUGUCGUGGCUGGGCCAGGAGGGCCGGAGGGACAGCCCCUUCCUGGUGGAGAUGGUCUUCAGCUCGCUGUGCUGCUGCUCCCGCCAGGAGACCACGCGCAUCCUCAACCACGUCACCACGAUGGAUCUACAAUGGGGCAUUCUACUCCAAAUUAUACAAAAGGCCUGCUCAACACCUGCAACUCUGCAGGCAUGUGCUGAUUGGCUGAAGGGCUCUGUGCUGGGUGAACGACUGCUGGGAUUGGCCGAGGAGCUGUGUAAGGUGGGGAUCAAAGGCUCCGGCCCCGCCCCGGUCCCUGUAAAACACGCCAGCAGCUGGGCUCUCAUCAGUCUGGUCCUGUCGAAGCAUCACAACAAUGCGGCGCUGAUAGGGGAGGUGUACGUGGAGCGCAUCCUGGCCAAGCUGCACGCCACGCUGUCGGAGGCCAAGGGGCUGUCUGACGCCGGCAACGUGGAGCCCCUGGUCUCCUUCGUGUGUGAAGUGGCGUCCACCUUCUUCUCCUCCGUGCGAGACUGCCUCCUGCUGGCCUCCGCUGAGGAGCUGCUGCUCACUGUCUUCCAGCUCACCGCCCAGGACCAGGCGAACACACACCUGUCUGACUCGUCGCUGGGUAAACUGAAGAAAGCGUGUGUGGCUGGCGUGCACUCGCUGCUCCAUCGCUGUGGGUCGGAGGUCAGGGAGGGCAGCUUCCUGCACAGCAGUGCACUCUGGGUGAAGAGCCAGCUGCUCACUUCCUCUCUGGGCGUGAAGAGUCUCCAGGUUCUGGUUCUAGCGGUGCAGAGUCUGGUGGAGACUGUCAACUCGGUCUGUCGACAAGACUCCCCGGUCCUGUCCCACUUCCUGUCCUUCCUGGCUCCGAGCGAAUCGGAGUGGAGCCGGAUCAGACAGGCCCUCCCCCCUCAGUGGGUGAAGACCCCCCUGUUGAGUGGCCGUCAGCGGGUGCUGAGGGACUACCCCAGCGUGGACGUGUGGAGGGUCAAGCUCUCUGCCAGGCUGCCAGCCCACCUGUGUGUGUGCGCCCUGCUGGGGAAGGUGCUGCCCGGCGCCGCGCUGACCUCAGACCACCAGCAGGGGGCAGGCUCCCCCUCGCUCUUACCCAACCUCAGACACACAGUUCCAGAGCUGCUGUAUGCAGUGCAGUGGUGUAAAGAGAUGGAGUACAGUCCUGGCCUGGUGUCAGACUACCACACCCUGCUGACUGACUGGAGCCUGCCCCAGGCUACAGCCUGCCUUACCCCAGCCAGUGAGCUGCUGGACACCCUCUACAGCAGGUCAGCGGAGGAGGGAGGCCUGUGGUCUCUGACCCUACAGGACUACAUGCGCAAAACUACAGAAAUGGCCGUCGCCAGUCACAACGCCGCUGCUGUCAGGAGGCUGUACGGAAGCCUGGACAGUUGGUUCCCCCUGUCUGAGAGCACUCUAAGUACCCUGCAGGUGCUCUGCCCCGCCCUCAGCACAGAGGAGAGGGAGACGCUGCUCGCCAUGGCAACAGCGGGCAUACUCAACUGGCAGGAGGAUGACCGAGUGUGCGGGUGUGUGGCCGCGCUGCUGUGCUGUCUGAGGGCGGAGACCCCCGUGGACGAGGGGGUCCUCCACGCUGUCCUGGCCACCCUGAUGGAGUGGAGGAACAGCAAGGAGGACUGGUUCCUCUUCAACAGCAAUCUUUCCAAGGUAACCGCAGCUCAGCUGACCCUUGGCGUGGAGAUGAUUCGUUUCCUGUCCUGGCUGGUGACUCGUUCUCCCACGAUCCUCGGGGCCAGCCAGUGGGACUUCCUGCUGUGCUCUAUGCUGGCCUGGCUGGAGACCGCCAGUGAGAACGUCAGUAGCAUGUGGAACCCCUGGGUCCAGCUAUUUGUGUGUGAGAACACUGAGCUCAUCGUGAAGCUCAGCCAGUUCUUCACAGCGCCCCCUGCUGGUGUGGCUGACCAGCUCCCCCCAGAGCUGGCUGGGGAAUGGACGGACUUCUUCACAGAAGGCAUCUACAGCCUGCUGCUACCACUGCCAGUCAAAAUUACAGACGCCUUCCCCGAGCCAGACGACCCUCUCUUCCCAUUGGCUGUGCUGCGCUCCGUGGGCGUGGCCCUCAGCCUGGUGCCUGUGCAGCAGCUCAGUAAGAACUCCCUGGCGCCGCGCUUCGUGGCGGGCCAGCAGAGCGGCCUCCCCGAGGCCCUGCAGACGCUGCUCAACACGCUCUGCCCUCUGCUGCUGUUCAAGGCCCGGCCGCUGCAGCUCGCUGUCUACCACAUGCUGGACAAGGUGAUGCCCCAGCUCCCAGAGUGUGACGGAGAUGGAGAGAGCAGCAAGGCCGAAGACGACCAGGAGGAGCCCUGCCUGUCCCCCCCGGCAGCCCUCAUGUCCAUGCUGUGUGCCUGUGAGGACCUGUGUGAGAGCAUCCUGGCGGGGGUGCAGGUGGGCGAGUUUGCCGUGGUGCAGCCCCUCAGCGUCGAGUACUCGUGCAUCCUGGGAUACCUGCUGGCCUGGAAGCUCCUCCUCACCUUCUUCAGGUCGUCGCCCUCCCACUUGCGUGUGCAGUACUCUCUGUACCUGAAGAAGACCCGCUCCCUUCACAAGCUCCUCCUCCACCUCUUCAGGCUGAUGCCCGAGAACCCCGCCUACCCGGGCCAGGGGGCGGAGACUGUAGCCAAGGAGACCAAGACUUUCUUCACUGAGGGCCUCUCUCUGGACGUCGACAAGAGCGGGGGCGUGCAGUGGGAGCUCCCCCAUCUGGCCUGUGGCGUGUACUACAGCGCGGUGCAGGACCUGCCCGCCAUGGUGCGCCUGUGGUGGACCAGCCAGGAGAAGAGGGUGUGCACGGCCGUGGACAAGUUCACCAGCCGCUACGUCAGCCCCGUGCUCUCGGCCCAGGAGAUCUCCUCGGUCCACUCCAGCACCCAGACCUUCGACAGCAUGACCGUGAAGGCGCGCUCGGCGGCCCGGGAGGUGAUAGCGACCUACUCGGUGGACGACAUCUACAUCGAGCUGGUGAUCCAGCUGCCCCAGAACUACCCCCUGGGCUCCAUCACCGUGGAGAGCGGCCGCAGGGUGGGCGUCGCCGUGCAGCAGUGGAGGAACUGGAUGCUGCAGCUCAGCACUUACCUCACACACCAGAACGGCAGCAUCAUGGAGGGCCUGGCUCUGUGGAAGAACAACGUGGACAAGCGUUUCGAGGGGGUGGAGGACUGCAUGAUCUGCUUCUCCGUUAUCCACGGCUCCAACUACUCUCUGCCCAAGAAGGCCUGUCGCACCUGCAAGAAGAAGUUCCACUCUGCCUGCCUGUACAAGUGGUUCACCUCCAGCAACAAGUCCACCUGCCCCCUCUGCAGAGAAACAUUCUUCUAAUACUUACCGUAGAGCCCACACACUGUACACUUGUAAAUAUGACUCUCUGGAUUCAGUCUUCAAUGACUUAUUUCAUUAUCAUUGCACAAUUCAGUGUUUAUUCUGAUGACGUUUUAAAACUAGGGAACCAAUUCGAUCGUCGUGUAACUGAAAACCAUUAGUGUUCAAGGCUCAAGAUUUUGUAGUUAAGUCAAAGGGUUUCAGAGUUACUGUGAGGGACCGUGUGUGUGUGUGUGUGUGUGUGUGUGUGUGUGUGUGUGUGUGUGUGUGUGUGUGUGUGUGUGUGUGUGUGUGUGUGUGUGUGUGUGUGUGUGUGUGUACUACGGUGUGUUUCCUUGCAGACCAGUAGUGGGACUGGGGAAGCCAAAUUGAUAGUGAUUGCGAUAGAUUGUUAAUAAUGUUUGCAUUCAGGGUAGGAUCAGCUCUCUCUGCUCCCCAUUCAAACCCUCUACACACCCGCGUACACAGCAGGAGCGGGAGCGGGAGUGAUAUGGCUCUCACUAUUGUGUAAUGGCAGUACCAAAGAAAUAGCAGGACAGACCUGCUCUAUAGUCACGUUUCCCCAUCAACAAACAUUGUUGCAAUCAGUGGAGAGGUUGUGUAAGAAAAUAAGUUUUAGUUUUGGAAGUGAAUUUGCAAAUGUGAAAUAAAUGCCAAUUCCACUG